CCCAGGUGAGGGAGGGCCGACGCCGCGCCCGCCCGCUCGUCCGCCCGCUCGGCUCCCACCCGCGUCUCAGCCGGACCAGGUUUCUUUAAAGUGAAUGAAGACAAUAAUUCAAAAUGCCUGAAAAUCCUGCUACAGACAAACUGCAGGUCCUGCAAGUUCUUGAUCGCCUGAAAGUGAAAUUGCAGGAAAAGGGUGACACAUCGCAGAAUGAGAAGCUAUCCAUGUUUUAUGAGACACUGAAAAGUCCUCUCUUCAACCAGAUACUCACACUUCAGCAGUCCAUCAAACAACUCAAGGGACAACUGAGUCAUAUACCUUCAGAUUGUUCAGCCAACUUUGACUUUUCUAGGAAAGGCUUAUUAGUGUUCACAGAUGGUGCCAUUACUAAUGGGAAUGUCCAGCGAUCCGCUAAUAACUUGACUGUAUCGGGGUUAUUUCCUUGGACCCCUAAGUUGGGAAAUGAAGACUUUAACUCAAUCAUUCAACAGAUGGCACAGGGCCGGCAAAUUGAAUAUAUUGAUAUAGAGCGUCCUUCAACUGGAGGCCUUGGAUUCAGCGUGGUGGCCCUUAGAAGUCAAAAUCUGGCAGAAGUUGAUAUCUUCGUGAAGGAAAUACAGCCAGGAAGCAUAGCAGACAGGGAUCAAAGGUUAAAGGAAAAUGAUCAAAUAUUGGCUAUUAAUCAUACGCCACUGGAUCAGAACAUUUCCCAUCAGCAAGCAAUUGCAUUGUUACAACAAACCACGGGAUGUUUGAGUCUGGUUGUGGCCAGGCAACCAGUCCACCCAAAAAGCAGUACCAGCCUAACUGAUACAAUUCUGCCAGAAACAGUUCGUUGGGGCCAUAUUGAAGAUGUUGAGCUCAUUAAUGAUGGCUCUGGAUUAGGUUUUGGAAUAGUUGGAGGGAAAUCAAGUGGUGUGGUUGUGAGAACUAUAGUUCCCGGAGGAUUAGCAGAUCGAGAUGGAAGACUCCAGACAGGGGACCACAUCUUGAAGAUUGGUGGCACAAAUGUGCAGGGAAUGACCAGUGAGCAAGUUGCACAAGUGCUGAGAAACUGUGGGAAUUCAGUCAGGAUGCUAGUUGCAAGAGACCCAAUUGGUGAAAUUUCUGUAACCCCUCCGACCCCUACAGCCUUACCUGUUGCCCUGCCUGCUGUGCCUAACAGGAACCCUAGUUCUGACAAUUCUCUUUAUGAAACUUAUAAUGUUGAGCUCAUUAAAAAAGAUGGACAGAGUCUUGGGAUUAGAAUUGUUGGCUAUGUUGGAAGUGCUCAUACAGGGGAAGCUUCUGGGAUUUAUGUGAAAAGUGUAAUACCUGGCAGUGCUGCAUACCACAAUGGACAAAUUCAAGUGAAUGACAAAAUAGUUGCUGUCGAUGGUGUGAAUAUUCAGGGUUUUGCCAACCAGGACGUUGUUGAAGUAUUACGUAACGCGGGGCAGGUGGUACACCUAACCCUGGUUCGAAGGAAGGCAUCCUCACCAACUUCGCCACUUGUUGAACAGCCUCCACUGGUUGAACAGCCUCCAGACACAGGAACUGUUGUAGAACCACCAAAACCACCAGCCCUCUUUCUAGCUGGAGCAGUGGACACAGAAACUAAUUUGGAUGUUGAAGAUGAGGAAACUGAAGAAAGAAUGGAUAAUCUAAAAAAUGACAACAUACAAGCCUUAGAAAAACUGGAAAGAGUCCCUGACUUUUCAGAAAAUGAACUGAAAUCGAGAUGGGAAAACCUAUUGGGCCCCGAUUAUGAAGUAAUGGUUGCUACUUUGGACACACAGAUUGCAGAUGAUGCUGAGUUACAGAAAUAUUCAAAGCUCCUGCCCAUUCACACUCUGAGGCUUGGCAUGGAAGUGGAUUCCUUUGAUGGGCAUCAUUAUAUCUCUUCGAUCGUUCCAGGUGGUCCUAUUGACACGCUGAACCUCCUUCAGCCAGAGGAUGAGCUUCUUGAGUUCAAUGGUGUGCAGCUCUAUGGGAAAUCUCGCCGAGAAGCAGUCUCCUUUCUUAAGGAAGUGCCACCCCCCUUUACCUUGGUUUGCUGUCGACGGUUGUUUGAUGAUGAAGCCUCUGUAGAUGAGCCAAGGACCACUGCAGCCUCUCCUCCUGAGAUGGAGGCUGAUCACAAUGUAGAUGUCAACACUGAAGAUGAUGAUGAUGGGGAAUUAGCACUGUGGUCUCCUGAAGUCAAGAUUGUUGAACUAGUAAAAGAUCAUAAAGGCUUGGGAUUCAGCAUUUUGGAUUACCAGGACCCCUUAGAUUCCACAAGAUCAGUGAUUGUGAUUCGUUCCCUGGUGGCCGAUGGUGUUGCGGAAAGAAGUGGAGAACUACUACCUGGAGACCGCCUGGUCUCGGUCAAUCAGUACUGUUUGGACAACACCAAACUUGCUGAUGCUGUGGAAGUGUUGAAAGCUGUGCCACCAGGCACUGUCCGCCUUGGCAUAUGCAAGCCUUUGGGGGAAGAUGAUAAAGAGGAAGGAAGUCAUUAUCUUUUACAUUCAAACACUAAUGAAGACAAGACUGAAAUUUCAGGAACAAUUCAUGAUAUAAAUUCAUCUUUAAUACUUGAAGCACCCAAGGAAUUUAGAGAUGAACCCUAUUUUAAAGAAGAACUUGUGGAUGAGCCACUUCUAAAUUUGGGAAGAUCUUUCCAGUCCCAACAAAAAGAGAUAGACAAUAGCAAGGAGGCCUGGGAAAUGCAUGAAUUUCUGACUCCUGGAAUGCAGGAAAUGGGUGAAGAAAGAGAAAUGCUUGUUGAUGAAGAAUAUGAGCUCUAUCAAGAUUGCUUUCCGUCCAUGGAGUUGUAUCCCUCCUCACACAUUCAAGAGGCUGCUCCUGUUCCGCCCAUGAAGGAACUUCACUUUGGUACACAGUGGUUCUGUGACAGCGAACCACCUGACCCUCAAGAAGCAAGGCCCAUGAUGAGUGUAUAUUCCCCGGAGACACAGCAGUAUGGCUACAGCACUGAAAAAGUGAUGAAAGAAAAUUUUGGCAUCAAUUCCCAUCCCUCCAUAUCCUCAACUGAAGGAAACAGUCAACAAGGCAGAUUCGAUGAUCUGGAAAAUCUUAAUUCGUUAACAAAAAACAGUCUGGAGUUAGGCAUGAUGAUUCCGAAUGAUGUCCAAGGUCCCGGCUUGCUUGUUGAACUGCCUGCUAUGGCUCAAAGAAGGCAGCAAGAAGAUCUGCCCUUAUACCAACUCCCCAGGACCCGAGUUGUUUCCAAGACCUCAGCACACACAGGAAUGUUGUCUUCUAGAUACACCACUGAUGCAUAUGAGUUACCUGAGAGAGAAGAAGGUGAAGGGGAAGAAACUCCAAACUUCAGUCACUGGGGUCCACCAAGAAUUGUUGAGAUUUUUAGAGAACCCGAUGUGUCUCUUGGUAUUAGCAUUGUUGGUGGACAAACCGUUAUAAAACGCCUGAAGAAUGGAGAGGAGCUUAAAGGUAUAUUUAUCAAACAAGUUUUAGAAGAUAGUCCAGCAGGAAAAACAAACGCUCUUAAAACUGGAGAUAAAAUACUUGAGGUGUCUGGAGUGGAUUUGCAGAAUGCCUCACACAGCGAAGCAGUGGAGGCCAUUAAGAAUGCGGGAAACCCUGUGGUGUUCGUUGUUCAGAGCUUGUCAUCCACUCCAAGAGCCAUUCCUAGUGUGCAUAACAAGGCCAACAAAAUCGCUAAUAACCAGAACCAAGGCACCCAAGAAAAAAAAGAAAAGAGGCAAGGAACUGCUCCACCUCCGAUGAAACUGCCGCCUCCGUAUAAAGCUCCAUCUGAGGACAGUGAUGAAAAUGAAGAGGAAUAUGCAUUUACCAACAAAAAAAUCAGGCAAAGAUAUGCAGAUCUGCCUGGAGAAUUACACAUUAUUGAACUUGAAAAGGAUAAGAAUGGACUUGGACUCAGCCUUGCUGGCAAUAAGGACAGGUCACGUAUGAGCAUCUUUGUGGUGGGAAUUAACCCAGAAGGUCCCGCAGCCACAGACGGACGCAUGCGUAUUGGAGAUGAACUAUUAGAGAUAAACAAUCAGAUUCUGUAUGGAAGAAGUCACCAGAAUGCAUCUGCCAUUAUUAAGACUGCCCCAUCCAAGAUCAAACUGGUUUUCAUCAGAAAUGAAGACGCGGUCAAUCAGAUGGCCGUUGCUCCCGUUCCGUUACCAUCAAGUUCCCCAUCUUUUAUUGAGGAUCAGAGCGGCCCCGAACCUGUGAGUAGUGAGGAAGACGGUAGUCUCGAAGUUGGUGCUAAACAAUUGCCUGAAAAUGAAAGCUCCAAGUUGGAAGAUGUGGUGGCAGAUCCGCAGAAGGUGAUGGAGUGCCCAACCGACAACGCUGUCAGCCAGAUGAAACAGCAAAAAUAUUCGACAAAAGUCUCCUUCAGUUCACAAGAGAUACCUUUAGCACCAACUCCAUCAUACCAUUCAACAGAUGCAGGCUUCAUGGGCUGUGGUGGUUUCCAGGCUCCUCUGUCAGUGGAUCCUGCCACGUGUCCCAUUGUCCCUGGCCAGGAGAUGAUUAUAGAAAUAUCCAAGGGGCAUUCAGGGCUUGGCCUCAGCAUUGUGGGAGGAAGAGACACACCCUUGGAUGCUAUAGUUAUACAUGAAGUCUAUGAGGAAGGAGCAGCAGCCAGAGAUGGAAGACUUUGGGCUGGUGACCAGAUAUUAGAGGUUAAUGGGGUUGACCUGAGGAACGCCAGCCACGAAGAAGCCAUCACAGCCCUGAGGCACACCCCCCAGAAGGUGCGACUGGUGGUGUAUAGAGAUGAGACGCACUACAGAGACGAGGAGAACUUGGAGUUUUUCCCUGUAGAUCUGCAGAAGAAGGCUGGCAGAGGACUGGGCCUGAGCAUCGUUGGGAAACGAAAUGGAAAUGGAGUGUUUAUUUCUGACAUCGUGAAAGGUGGAGCCGCAGACCUUGAUGGGAGAUUGAUUCAGGGAGAUCAGAUCUUAUCUGUGAAUGGGGAAGACAUGAGAAAUGCCUCACAGGAGACAGUGGCCACCGUCCUCAAGUGUGCGCAGGGGCUGGUGCAGCUGGAGAUUGGGAGACUCCGAGCUGGUUCCUGGGCCGCCUCGAGGAAGACAUCACAGAACAGCCAGGGGAGUCAGCACAGCACACACAGCAGCUUCCACCCAGCCCUGGCUCCUGUCAUCUCCAGCCUGCAAAGCCUGGUCGGCACAAAGAAGGCUUCCGAUCCUUCCCCCAGAAAUUCAGGCACAGAUACGGGACCAAGGACCGUUGAGAUAAUCAGGGAGCUCAGUGAUGCCCUUGGAAUCAGUAUUGCUGGAGGAAAAGGAAGUCCCUUGGGAGAUAUCCCAAUAUUUAUUGCCAUGAUUCAGGCCAGCGGUGUAGCUGCACGCACACAGAAGCUUAAAGUUGGAGAUCGGAUUGUCAGCAUCAAUGGGCAACCUUUGGAUGGGCUGUCUCACGCGGACGUGGUUAAUCUGCUGAAGAACGCCUAUGGGCGCAUUAUCCUGCAGGUUGUAGCAGAUACCAAUAUAAGCGCCAUAGCAACUCAGCUUGAAAACUUGUCUACGGGCUACCACCUUGGUUCACCCACUGCUGACCACCAACUGGAAGACACAGAAACACCUCCACCUAAGAUUAUUACUUUGGAGAAAGGCUCUGAAGGAUUGGGGUUUAGUAUUGUAGGGGGUUAUGGAAGUCCCCAUGGAGACCUGCCAAUUUAUGUCAAGACUAUAUUUGCAAAGGGAGCAGCUGCAGAUGACGGCCGAUUGAAGCGAGGUGAUCAAAUUUUAGCUGUUAAUGGCGAGACUCUAGAAGGUGUCACUCAUGAGCAAGCUGUGGCCAUUCUAAAACGCCAGAGAGGGACUGUAAUCCUCACUGUGCUGUCGUGAGCCUCGGGUCCUGAUCACAAGAUAGAUGUAGAACACCCAUAGGAAGACGAAGCUCUGAGCGGAUGAGAAGCAACCUCAACUGAAACUCACCUUUACCGAUUCUUACUGUCUCAUCCUUUCUGCUCAGGAGAGAUGGCUGAGCUUCCCGUGGAUUUCCCACAUCAACAGUCAUCUCCCUAAUGCUUCCCAGCAUCCAUCACUUCUUGGUGAAGUUGAAUGAGUCUUAUCUGCUUUGCAUUUAACAUCGAUGUUUAUCAACUAGUAGUAACUGGUUCUGAUUAUAUUUGCUGAAACGGACGUUAACAACCACUCAUUCCGUACGCCCUGCUCUACCCAUCCCUACUCAAACAGGGGCUUACCAGUGACCUCAGAUCUCAUCUGGUGAACAGAAACAAAUGUUAAGCAACUGUCAUCUCACUCCUGAUUUACUUAUGCUAAUUGUGUCUUCAAGUACGCCAGAAAACAUUAGCCAUGUAAUUAAUUUACCAGUGAUCCCCAGGAUGAAAUACCAACUUCUCCUGUGGGAAAUUACUGUGCUCUCUUCUGUACGACUUACAGUCAAAUAAGUCUCACACUCAUUUCUCGGGAUAGAUCUUUAUACAUUAGUCAUUGGUGAUUAUGACGAGUCAAUUUGCAGACUGUAAUCUGAAAACUCUGAAAGGCUUUCGAAUUAUUUACUUAGUUACAAAAAUGCAGACCACCUAGCAAAAGCACCUUAUUCUCCACAGGAACAAUUAGCACCCAUGUUCUGAAUUCUAACAAUGCGAAAUUAUGUUCAAGUCUGGGAAGUUCAUCUGGAGGUAAUGGCAUCUCAGUAGGCAAGUAUCAUUCCCACCCCUCAGUCCUCAGACGGGGUGGAAACCCCCAAAACCACACUGCAGAGAUCAGCAAGUUUUGCCUCAAGUCAGACGAGGUCUAGGUGGCCUUGGCCUUCCGGAACACCGAGUGACAAAUUUGAGUAUCCUUCCCCUUGGCUCCAGACUGGUCAGUCUAGCAGCACAGAUUGUAGGAACACAGAUGGAACAAUGUACAUAGCCACAAAGUGACGGAGCAAAUAAACUGAGCCUAGGAAUCCGUGACAGCUCCUUGGCUAAUGUCUCCUGGUCUCCAGGAAGCCUCCAUUCGCUGUAGCUUUGCAUUUUAAGAAAGUAACUACAGCAGAAAAUGCAAGCAUACCUUUAAGGGUGGUUAGGGACAUUCUUAUUCAGGUAUUAGCAGGAAAAAAAAUGGGGAGCUGCUUAUCAGUGCCUGUUUUAGGUCCUUCUGUGAAAACAACAACAACAAACAAACACACACACCAUGAGGAUGAGUACCGGCAUCAGUAAUGGAAGUAGUUGGCAUUAUUUCACUAAAACACAAUGCUGCAAGUGGUUCAUAGUAAUUAUCAAAAUGUAAUAGUUACCUUUCUAAUUUAAAAUGGUAUUUAAUACGUAUAGGUUUUAAUGGAGAAUAUCUUUGAGUAAAUAUAAUCACAAAGUGCAUUAACUCUCGGUGGAAUAUUUUGUGGCUAUUCCAAAGUCUAGAGUGCCUAAAUUUUAUGUUGAAAACGUCUUUCAUGAUUGGUAUUAAAUUUUCUGAAAUUGCACAUGGCUUUUGAAAUUUCUAAUGUAUCCAAGAUAUGCAAUAUUGUUAGGAUCCUGUCUUUCAAUGCAUGCGAAGCUAUCAACCUCUGGACAUUCUAUGUCAAUUGUAUCUGCAAGAACAGCUCAGGCAUCCAAGAAGAAAUGACACCCAAUAUAUAUAAAACUUGAAAAUGCACCUCAAAACGAUAUAUACAUAUGUAUACUUUUGAAAUGUGAUUCUGCUUGAUUUUGAUGGAAUGGCCAUUAAAUACACAUUUUGAAAUAAUA